AUGUGGAUACCUACAGAAGAGGAGAAAAUCGGAGUUGUGAUCUGCAACUUCCGAUCAUCAAUAUGUCAGGCCCUGGUCCUGGAGAUUGGGGAAACGGUGCAGAUUCUGGAGAAGAGUGAAGGUUGGUAUAGAGGCUUUUCUACCAAGAAGCCUUCUAUCAAGGGUAUUUUCCCAGUCAGCUAUGUCCACUUGAAGAAAUCUACAGUGACAAACAGAGGGCUGUGCGAGACAGUGGUGCCCCUGGAGGACCCCAUUAUCACGGAGACCACCUCCACAUUGCAGGAAUGGGGCGUCUUGUGGAAGCAGCUCUAUGUGAAACACAAGGUGGAUCUGUUCCAUAAGCUGCGCCAUGUGAUGAAUGAGCUCAUCGACCUGCGUCGGCAGCUGAUCCAGGGCCACCUCGCCCAGGACCAGACUCGUGAGAUCAAGCGACACAUCACCGUACGGCUUGACUGGGGCAAUGAGCACCUUGGCUUAGACCUUGUUCCCAGAAAGGAGUUUGAAAUGGUGGAUCCAGAUCAGAUCAGCGUAUCAGAGCUAUACAAACUGCACGUAUCCAGCAGACACUGUGGUCAACAAAGCACAAACCAGGGUGAUAGCAUGAGACAGCGCCAUGGUGACGGUUGCCGUGUCCCCGUGUCGCACCACCUCUUCAUCAAUCUGAAGAGCUUUACUUACAACAGCAUCAGCGAGGAUGCGGACGUCUUCUUUUCUCUGUACGACACUCGCGAGGCCAAACAGAUCAGUGAGAAGUUCAUGGUGAAACUGAACAAAAACGGAGGACCAAAGAAUCCAGAGAAGGUUGAUCGUCUGUGUGCUCUCUUCACGGACCUUAGCAGUAAAGACUUGAAGAGGGACCUCUACAUUGUUGCACAUGUCAUAAGAACUGGCCGUAUGCUGCUCAAUGACUCAAAGAAAGGCCCACCUCAUGUGCAGUACAGACGACCUUAUGGCUGUGCUGUACUUGCCAUGAGUGAUGUUUUCCACACCAUCACAGACCUCAAAGAGGAGAAAGACUUUGUGCUUAAAGUUUAUACAUGUAACAAUGAGAACGAGUGGUACCAGGUACACGAGAACAUCAUCCGCAAGUCCAACACCAAGUACUCAGCCCCCAGCACCAACUAUGGCCUCAUCAUUUCCCUGCAGCUGCUGCGAGGUGAGCUGGAGCAGAUCAGACGGGAGAACCAGGCUGUGUUCAACAGGGCCUUGGCACUCACACGCAAACUGGGUUUCCCAGAUGUCAUCCUGCCAGGUGACACACGCAAUGACCUGUAUCUGACUCUGGAGCGGGGGGAGUUUGAGAGGGGUGGCAAGAGCGUCCAGAAGAACAUUGAAGUCACCCUCUAUGUGCUGUACGCCGACGGGGACACACUCAAAGACUGCAUCAGUUUGGGCAGCGGAGAGCCCAACACCUGUGAAUAUCGCUCGUUCGUCCUGUAUCACAACAACAGCCCUCGCUGGAGCGAGAUGGUCAAGCUGCCCAUUCCCAUCGAUCGCUUCAGAGGGUCCCACCUACGCUUCGAGUUCAGACACUGCUCCACUAAAGACAAAGGGGAGAAAAAGCUCUUUGGUUUUGCCUUCACUCCCCUGAUGAGAGAAGAUGGGACCACACUGUCAGAUGAGAGCCACGAGCUGUAUGUGUACAAGUGUGAUGAAAACGCCACCUUCAGUAACCAGGGUCUGUACCUGAGCCUGCCCUGCUGUAAGGAGGACUUCAACAGCUGCCCCAACCUACCGGCCAACCUGCCCUUCCAGAGAAGCCCCAAAGAAACCUUCUGGGUCUCCACAAUACUCUGCUCCACCAAACUCACGCAAAACGUGGACCUUCUGGCUCUUCUGAACUGGAAGGCCCAUCCAGACAGAGUGUUGGACAUCCUCGGUCGACUACGUCAGAUCAGUGGAGAGGAGAUUGUCAAGUUCUUGCGAGAUGUCCUGGAUACGCUCUUCUGUCUUUUAGAUGACAAUACUGAUAAAUACGGACCACUGGUAUUCCAGUCUCUGGUGUUCAUCAUUAACCUGCUCAGGGACAGCCGUUUCUACCACUUCAGACCUGUCAUGGACUCCUACAUCCAAAACCACUUUGCUGGAGCCUUGGCAUACAAAGAGCUGAUUCGAUGCCUGAAGUGGUACAUGGACCGCUCAGCUGAGGUCGUCCGGCAGGACCACAUACAGGAAGCCAUGAGAGCACUGGAGUAUCUGUUCAAGUUCAUCGUCCAGUCUCGUAUCCUGUACUCGAGAGCCACCUGUGGGAUGGAGGAGGAGCAGUUCAGGGCGAGCAUCCAGGAGCUCUUCCAGUCCAUUCGAUUUGUCCUGAGUCUGGACAGUCGCAGCUCAGAGAACCUGGUGUUCACACAGGCAGCGCUGUUGAACAGUUUCCCCGAUAUCUUUGAUGAGCUGCUGCAGAUGUUCACAGUUCAGGAGGUGGCUGAAUAUGUCAGGGGAACCCUGGGGAGCAUGCCCAGCACAGUGGACAUUGGCCAGUCUAUGGAUGUAGUCAAACUGCAGUCCAUUGCUCGCACAGUUGAGAGUCGCCUCUUCUUCUUUCCUGAGUCCCGUAGUAUUUUGCUGCCGGUGGUUCUGCAUCACAUCCACCUGCAUCUACGCCAGCAGAGGGAGCUGCUCAUUUGUUCUGGGAUCCUGGGCAGCAUCUUUUCCAUAAUCAAGACAAGCUCCAUGGAGUCUUCUGUUCAGGAUGAGGUGGAGAUGAUGGUGGAGAGCUUACUGGAUGUGCUGCUGCAGACUCUGCUAUCCAUCAUGAGCAAAUCUCACUCUGUGGAGACGUCCAGAGGACAGCGCUGUCCCCAGUGCACGGCUGAGAUAACGGGGGAGUACGUUUCCUGUCUUCUUUCUCUGCUCCGACAAAUGACAGAGAUCCACUUUCACCAUCUACUCAAUAACUUCCAUAGCAAGGAGGAGCUGAAGGAGUUCCUGUUGAAGAUCUUCUGCGUGUUUCGCAAUCUGAUGAAACUGACUAUCUUCCCCCGAGACUGGAGUGUCAUGCGGCUUCUAACUAGUCAUAUCAUCGUGGUGACAACACAGUUUCUGUCUCCGGCGCUGCACAAGAACUUCUCAGAGGCAGAUUUUGAUUUCAAGGUAUGGAACUCCUUUUUCAGCCUCACUGUACUAUACAUCAACCAGCCCAGUCUGCAGCUGGAGGCGCUUGGUCCUGCUAAGAGAAAGAAAGUCCUCGACAAGCAUGGAGAUAUGAGAGUUAUGAUGGCAUAUGAGCUCUUCAGCAUGUGGCAAAAAUUAGGUGACAACAAGCCCCACUUCAUCCCAGGAAUGAUGGGUCCCUUCCUCGGUGUCACGCUAGUGCCUCAGACCGAGGUCCGGAAUAUCAUGAUCCCAAUUUUUCAUGACAUGAUGGAUUGGGAGCAGAGGAAAAACGGCAACUUCAAACAGGUGGAAGCAGAGCUGAUGGAUAAGCUGGACAGCAUGGUGUCGGAUGGGAAAGGCGAUGAUAAUCACAGAGAGCUCUUCAGUCUGUUGACCCAGCUGUUUGGUCCUUACCCAAGCUUGCUGGAGAAGAUUGAGCAGGAGACCUGGAGAGAAACGGGAAUCUCGUUUGUCACAUCAGUCACAAGACUUGUUGAGCGAUUACUGGAUUACAGGGACUGCAUGAAAGGAGAUGAAAUGGAGAACAAGAAAAUUGGUGGUUCCGUCAACCUUAUGAACUUCUACAAAUCGGAGGUCAACAAGGAGGACAUGUAUAUCCGUUACAUCCACAAGCUGUGUGACCUCCAUCUCCAAGCUGAGGACUUCACAGAGGCAGCGUUCACCUUGCUGCUGUACUGGGAGCUGCUGCAGUGGGAGGACCGGCCCCUGAGGGAUUUUCUCCACUACCCCUGUCAGAGCGAGUGGCAGCGCAAGGAGAACCUGAGUCGUAAAAUCCUCCACUACUUCAACAAGGGCAAGUGCUGGGAAUAUGGGAUCUCUCUCUGCCGGGAGCUGGCUUUCCAGUAUGAGACUUUAUAUGAUUAUCAGAGCCUCAGCUGGAUACGGAAAAUGGAGGCAGCGUACUAUGACAACAUCAUUGAACAGCAGAGGAUUGAACCGGAGUUCUUUCGAAUGGGCUUCUAUGGCAGGAAGUUUCCUUUCUUCCUCAGGAACAAAGAGUUUGUCUGUCGUGGUUAUGACUACGAGCGGCUUGAGGAUUUCCAGCAAAGGAUGCUGGGGGAAUUUCCACAAGCCAUCGCCAUGCAGCAUCCCAACCAACCAGACGACACCAUCCUGCAGAGCGACGCUCAGUACUUGCAGAUCUAUGCGGUGACUCCAGUGUCAGACAUCUCUGAUGUGCCUCAGCUGGAACGUGUGCCUGAGAGGAUCAAGAGUUUCUACCGCAUAAACAAUGUCAGCCGCUUCCACUAUGACAGGCCUUUCCACAAGGGGCCCAAGGACCGCGAGAAUGAGUUCAGGAGUUUAUGGAUUGAGAGAACAACCUUGAUCCUCUCCCGUCCUCUCCCUGGGAUCUCCCGCUGGGCGGAGGUGGAGAGGAGAGAAGUGGUGGAGGUGAGCCCCCUGGAAAAUGCCAUUUAUGUGGUGGAGAAUAAGACCCAGGAGCUGCGGACUUUGAUAAGCCAGUACCAACACAGACAGCAUCACGGCAACAUCAACCCGCUCAGCAUGUGCCUCAACGGCGUCAUAGAUGCUGCUGUGAACGGAGGCAUCGCAAGAUAUCAGGAGGCCUUCUUUGACAAGGACUACAUCAGCAGUCACCCUGAGGACACAGAGAGGAUCACGCACCUGAAGGAUCUCAUGCAGGAGCAGGUGCACAUUCUUGGAGUGGGUCUGGCUGUUCAUGAGAAGCUGGUGCAUCCGGAGAUGCGUCCUCUGCACAAGAAGCUCGUAGACCAGUUCCAUAUGAUGAGGACAGGUUUACACCAUUAUAUGGUUGGAUCCCAGCAGGGUGUGCCUGGCGUGGAUCGAUUUGGCCCAGCAGGCUGCCAAGGGGUCAAUUCUCCUCGAGGCAUCCUCUCCUCCCACAGCCACAUGAGCCCUGAGAGUGUCCGCCUCAUGCACAGACACAGCCCUCUGAACCUGCAGGGUUCAAUCCGUCACUCAUCCUCCUCCCUGUCCUCUCACACGUCGAGCGAGGCAGGAAACCUCGUCAUAAUGACCGACGGCCUGAUGGGGGAGCACCCUGAGGAGGCAUUACACAUGCAGCCGAGCCCCUCGUCCUCCAGCCUGAGCUCAAUCCGCUCCAACUCCUCCCAGAUUAUCAACUCUGCUCCAUCAAGUGCCAGAGGCUCUCCGUCAUUGCCCGAUAAGGCCAAACACAACCGAGAAGUGAUGAUACUGUUGCCGUCUCAUCGCGAGAGGGCCAACAACUCCAUGUACUACAACAUGGCAGAGAACGGACAGAACAACCACAUGCAGCGUGCCUUACUUCAGCAAGUUAGCCCCUGUAAGCCUUGUGCUGAUCCUCACAUGAAUCUACCAGAGAAAGUCUUUCCCAAUGUGCCCACCAGCUGGGGUCUGGACGGAGAGAACAGGGAGCAGGUGUCCUACAUGCCAGGUUCUACUGGAGGGGUAAUCAUGCCGCCUGUCCCACCCAGGUCCUUCCCACCAGGACAUUUCCUGAUGCACUGUGAUGCGUUUCACCACCAGAACAGUGACCCUCCUCCUGCCCUGCCUGUCCGUUCUCUCAGAAAGUCUCCUCUCCACCCAAUCCCUGGCUCCCCCACCAGCCCUCAGUCAGCUUUGGGGGGCAGUAACUCCACUCUGUCGGGCAGCGCCAGCAGCGGCGUUUCCUCAUUGAGUGAGAGUAACUUCGGAGGUCAGUAUCCUGAUCCUGGUCCCAUCAGGAACGACGCCUUGGAGCCUCUUCCCAGUCACCUGUGGUCCCCCCCUGACGAGUACCUGGCCUCUCCCUACCUACACAUCCACUACGGAGGACCAGAAAUCGACUCCAUGGACCCAGUCCGCCCUUUUCACUACCGUAGCCCUGCCUCGCACCCACACACCCACCCGCACCCGCACGCUCAUGCCCACCCCGGGCUGGACAGCCACCCCCACGGGCCACCGCCUCACCACCAUGCUCCCACUCACGGCCCUCAUCACAUUCCCUACCGCAGGCCUCAGCCUCCAGCUGUGCCCCCCAAACCCUACCUGAGAGAGGGCUGCAUCCCUGAGGAGGAGCUGCCACCUCAGCCCAUCCCGCUGCCUCGCAGGAUCUUCCACUCCCCUCAUGGCCACAGGGAGGACCAGGGGAAACACGCCUGGGAGCAGUGCAUCAGCGAGGAGCAUGAGGAGGCACAGUGA